GACUUGAUUUCUUUGAUAUUUUCCUCUUUCGCUGGAUUGUUGCAAUGCUAGCCAAUGAACGAUUGCGUUUCAAGCUCCAUUCUGUCAACUAUCCCGUGUACGAUGUAUUCGAUGUUUCAGAUUUAACGAAUGUACGCAAUGUGGUCGUAUGGCUAGAGGAUAGGCUUAUCCGAGCUCUUCCUGCUGAAGCAAGAUUACGUGACGGUCAAUCUGUGGAAUGGACAAGUUACCUAAAUAAGUAUCUGCAGACAGUCAAGUGCCCAUAUGAUGAAUCCAAUUCUUGGGCUAUGUUGGAUUGGCUUCUUAGCAAAGCGUUGCUAUUAGAAUACAACUCAUCUAAAAAUACUCAACAUAAUAAUGUACCUGACAACUCAACACCUUCCACAAAUGCUUUUAAUAACGUAGACGUUAAUAGUGACGAAUUCAAGGAAAGUGUCUUGAAGAUGGCUAAAUUAUUACAGAUUCCUGCCCACCCAGAUAUCAGAAUAUUAUUUAAGGCUAUCUGUUUGGUUAUUGAACAAAAGCUUGAAGUAAAUACAUUGAAUAAUGCCAUAAGAGAUUAUGGAACAUCUAAAAUUGAUAUGCUAAAGCUUGAUGAUAUUUGUCUUGGAUUUAGUGUUGAUGAUCCUGUUGUAAAAGCUGCAGCUAUUGCAUUAAGAUUGUUAAAUAUAGAUCGAUUAAGAAAAUUACAAAAUCAAGCAAAUGCUGGUAUAGUACAUGUUCAAAAAUUGACAGCAGAUCCGAAAACUGAUGAAAGACUUGGAAAAGUUGGUUUUUAAAAAAAUCAGUGAAAUUAAUUUGUUGAAUAAAAAAAAUACUUUUACAUUAAACAAAACAUUGUGACAGUAUUGCUUUUAAAGUGAAUUUUAUGAAUGCUGAAUGUUGUACAUGCAGAUAUUUUAUGAUUAUAUUUUCUUUUAAAAUAUUAUUGAACAUCUAAUAUAUUGGAAUUGCUUAACAA